AUGCAGUCGCUCAUUACUCUUCUUGCUCUUCCCGCUUCCACGCUGGCUGGAUCCGUGCUGUGGAGCGGUAUCUCUGAUUCUUCGCUCACCGUGGACGACAUUGACAAAUGGUCCUGGUCUAACCAGGUCGGCGCAUGGCAAUGGUAUAUCCACGGCUCUGGCAAAACGUCCGAGUAUCUGGGCAUUUCCCCCGAAUUCAAGAACCCGGCGGCUGCCGACGCACAGGGACUGCGGAUCACUAUUGAUGGAACCUCUUUCUGGAAUGGGCAGACCAUGGAGCGCUCCGAGCUCAUCCCUCAGACAAAGGCUGAUCUUGGCUCGGGCCACCUGUAUUAUCACUUUUCUCUUUCCACCAAGGAGACUAACGCCCCCAACCCUUCGUUCGAGCACCAGAUUGCAUUCUUCGAAAGUCACUUCACCGAGCUGAAGUAUGGCGCAUCUGGCUCUUCCGACAACACCCUGAGCUGGAACGCGGACGGCAAAUCACAUUGGUCGGUCCAGUUGGAGGCAGGAACGUGGUACAACUUCGCCUACGACAUUGACUUCGACUCCAAGAAGGUUGGCCUGUGGGCGUCCAACGGUUCCGAGCCCUUGACUCAGGUUGUCGAGCCUGUUAGUGCCUCUACCUCUACCAACUCCGCUGACUGGCACGUCGGCCAGCUGCGUCUGCCUGGUAGUGAAUCGGACGACGCGGCGGAAGACUGGUUCUGGUCCGGCGUCUACAUUGAGGAGGGCCCUAUUACUACUGAGAUCGGCUCUGAAAGUUCCUCUGGCUCUUCGAGCUCCGCUGGCCCUUCUAGUACCACUAUCGCUACGACUGCUCCUGCCUCUUCGACCGCGCACUCCGCUACCUCUACUGGAGGCAUAACAGCGACUGUGAGUAGUGUGGGCCUGACUACGACUGCCACACCAAGCCCUGUUUCCACUGCAGUAUCUUCGAGCGUUACCCCUUCCAGCUUGAAUGCAGCUCCCACCAAGAGCACUGAAGUGGCCACACCCACCUCCUCCUCCGUAGCUACCUUUGCCAGCCCUACUUCUGCAGCGGAGUUCUUGACUGAUAUCCGAGCGCUUUUGAAGACCCUGUUGUCUCGUUCAGAAGCGGGAAGCGUGCAUGCGCGAGACUUCAUCCGCCGUGGAUGA